AGUCGUAUAUUGACUAUUUGAGUUUUUGAACAGUUGGGAAUUGUUUGUAUUCUAUUAGCUUUUGCUAUGGAUUUGAAACUUUUUUUAAGUUUGUUUCCAGAAUCUGAUGAUUGCGUAAUGGAUUUGCACACAGCUGCUAGCGUUGGUAAUGAUGAGCGUAUUAGGGAUAUAAUCGAAAAUACAGAUAAUAAGUCUCUUAUAAAUCAAAAAAAUAAAGAAGUGUGGACUCCACUUAUGUAUGCUGCUUCCUGUGCCAAUUUGAAAGUGAUUUUGUUGCUUCUAGAAGAAGGAGCAUCAACUGAUGUGCAGAACAUUCAAGGCCAGACUGCACUUAUCCUUGCUUCAAAGUGUGGAAGUACUGAUGCUGUCAGUUUAUUAAUAAAUGGUGGAGCUUCAGUUAAUGAUAAGGAUAAUAGUGGUCGGUCUUCUCUCUUUCAUGCUGCUGCAUUUGGACAUAGAAGUGUUGUUCAACUUCUAAUUGAGAAAGGAGCUAUUGCUGAUAUGGUUGAUGACGAAGGACUGACACCGUUAAUGCUGUCAUCUGCUGCUGGUCACAGAAUGAUUGUUGAAGAUUUAUUACAACAUGGUGUGAAUCCAGCCAUUCAGUCAAAAUAUGGAGAAACUGCGAGAUCUUUAGCCAUUAAAAAUGGACAUUCUGAUAUUAAAAAAAUAAUUGAUACUCAUUUAUGUCCAAGACAAAUGUGUGUAAUAAAGCCUGAGCCUCCAUCAGUUUCAGAUUUACGUACUUUCUUAAAUGAAAUUCAGCUCUCAAAAUAUUAUCAUGUUUUUGAAAUGCAUGACAUUGAUUUGGAUACGUUCUUGACAUUGACAGAGGAAGAUUUGAUGGAAAUUGGUAUACACCUUUUAGGUCCACGCAGAAAAAUGAGCUUAGCCAUAGCUGAGUGGUAUGAAAAUCAAUUGGUGAGUGGAAAAACUCAAGGAAAUUCAUAUAUUAAAAAGUUAGUUACAGAAAACCAGCAUUUAAAUCAUGAAGUUCGUAAAUUGAAGUCACUUUUAAGUCAAGAAUCGAACCUUAGAAUAGCAGCUGAGCAAAAUCUAAAUCAAAGGCUCCAUGUGCUAAAGAAUUUCACAGAUAAUGUUCAGCAAAAUAUCGGUUACUCUGUUCUUCUUCAAGAAAAACUGAAACAAACUCAUGCCAGCUUCAAAAAGCUCCUAUGUACAAGCCAGGAAAUGGCUUCCAACAGCCACAGAUCAAAGUUUAAAAAUGAGGCAAUUUUCCUCUUAAUUAACGACAUGGAAAAAUUAAUUGAUGCUCAUCACCAGACUGUGCUUUCCUUGAAACGACAUUUGGAAAUUAUAUAGUGCAUACUUGCAUUUAAUAUGUUAGAAAUUCAUGUUAAGCCUUCAAACAGAUAAAAUGAGACUUGAGGUGAAAGUGAAUUUUGUGAUCAGAUGCUAUAUACUCAAGUGAAUUUUGCAGUUACUUUUAGAAUCAUUUAAAAGCAAAUAAAAACACUGCAUUUAGUGUUUAUAAACUUGUGCAAUAUAUGUCUGUGAAUUCUAGUUUUAGAUAUGCAUAAUACAUUUUUAAAUAUAUAGAUUUAUACCAAAGUUUUAAGAACUGAAGUUUGAAGGAAAAAAAUAUCAUAUCAUUGGGAAAUGAAUCUCAUUAGUCAAAUUUGAAACUUUAAUUUUUCCAAUGGUAGCAUAUAACUUUGUGAAUGUGUGCAGUCUAAUUUCAUGAAUUAGCUUUAUUUGUAAACCAAAGAUGUGUAUCCAAAUGCAUGUGUGUAUUGUUUUUAGAAUUGUGAUUGAUGUAUGUGCUGUAGAAAAUAUUUUAUACCAAAUCAAGUUUUGAAUAUAAUACAUUUUUAUUUUCUUUUCUGUUACAUUUAUAUUUUAAUAAAUUAUUAAAAAAAAAAAAAAAAGA